AAGUGUGUUAAACUUUGUAAGCCCGGCCAAGUGUCAACUACCUCUCAAAUAAUGAAGAAAACUCCAAAACCUCAAGUAACUAACUUUUCCACACAAACUCUUACAAUUCCCACCUGUUGCUCUCACAGUCUCAGUGGUUCAUCCCGACACCAAAUACCGAAGAUGGAUUUUCUCAAAAACCCAAGAUAAGGAUUUCUCUCAUAUCCACUUCUCUUGUUUUUUGAGUUUCCCAUGGUCCGUGUUGAAAUUUGACUUGUUUUUUCAUUUGGGUUAUCGAUUUUUUUGUGAAAAAUUCUUGUUUUUCACUCCAAGUUUCGGAAGGACCAUGCUCUUUGCAAUUCUCUAGUUCCGUGGUGCAUGCUGUAUGUAGUAGCUUAAUCUAACUGUUUUCUGAGAUGGGUUCCUUCACAAAGUUCAUGGCAUCUGCUAUUUUCUUCAUAGUUUUAUCAUUUUUUCUUGUUCCUACAAGAACCCAAGAAGAAGGAUUCAUAUCUUUUGUCAUAUCCAGCAAGGGUCUUGAGUUUUCCAAGGACUUGCUAAUAGAGCAGGCUGUUUCCUCUAUAAUCCCCCUUCAACUGCCUCAGAUUGAAAAGUCUGUGAAAAUCCCACUUGUUGGCCAAGUUCAUGUUGUUCUGUCCAAUAUCACAAUCUAUAAUGUUGAUAUUGCUUCUUCAUAUGUGGAGACUGGUGACUCAGGUAUUGCUUUAAUUGCUUCAGGAGCCACGGCAAAUUUGAGUAUGGAUUGGUGCUAUUCUUAUAGCACUUGGUUAUUUGAUAUUUCAGAUCAUGGGGACGCCUCCAUUCAGGUUGAAGGUAUGGAAGUGGGUGUUACCUUAGCUUUGAAUGGCCAAGAAGGAACUCUUAAGCUGUCUGUUUUGGAAUGCGGAUGCUAUGUGAAAGAUAUCUCCAUUAAGUUAGAUGGUGGAGCAUCUUGGCUUUACCAAGGGUUAGUGGAUGCUUUUGAAGGUCAAAUAGUUUCUGCAGUUGAAGACAAUAUUUCCAAGAAAAUCAGAGAAGGAAUAAUGAAGCUUGACUUCUUACUACAAUCACUUCCAAAACAAAUCGCACUGGAUGACAUUGCUGCUUUGAAUGUUACAUUUGUGGGCAAUCCUGUAUUCAGUAAUUCUUCCAUUGAAUUUCAGAUCAAUGGUCUAUUCAUGGCUCCCAAUGAUGAUUUUGCUUCCAGCCUAUACAAUAAGGGUUCACUAGAUCCUGUUCCCUUCAAUGCUCCAGCUAAGAUGGUUGAGAUAUCAUUACAUGAAAAUGUCUUUAGCUCAGUGUCCUUAGUUUUCUUCAAUGCAAAUUAUAUGCAAUGGGUGAUCAACAAAACAGCAGAUCAGUCCCUUUUGAACACUGCUGGAUGGAAAUACAUUGUUCCUCAACUGUACAAGCAAUAUCCCAAUGAAGAUAUGGAGCUUAAUAUAUCUGUCUCUUCUCCACCAAUAAUGACAGUUGUUAACAAUGGCAUUAAUAUCACUGUUUACUCUGAUGUGACAAUUGGUGUCAUGGAUGCUGAUGAAGUAAUACCAGUUGCGUGCAUAUCAUUGGAGAUUCAUGCUUCAUGUUCUCCAGAUAUCUUAAUAAAUAAACUAGCUGGUACUGUUAAAUUGAAUCAUGUUACUGCAUAUUUGAAGUGGAGCAAAAUUGGUAACCUUCACAUGCAUCUUGUUCAGGCCGUAUUGUCAACAAUUCUCAAAACUGUUGUGGUGCCAUAUGUGAAUUUACACCUCUGGAAGGGACUACCUUUACCACUCCCUCAUGGGUUUACACUACAUAAUUCUGAAAUCGUCUCCAUCAAUUCAAGGCUUACGAUAUUCAGCGAUGUUGCGAUUGCAGAACGAUCACCGACAUCAAGCCUUCUCAUACCCCAUCCUUCCCAACUUCUGUCUCUCCUUCCCUCGGUAUUUUCUGCAUUUGGAUGAACUGGGUAUUUUGGUGUCUGGUGCAUGCACGUCCUCAGUCUUUGACAAAAGUACAAGAUAUUGAAGAGACAAUUUGUUCUUUGGGAAUCUGAUGUUUUUAUUCGAAA